AUGGUUAGACUUCCAAAAAUACCAGAUACACCCGAAGACUUUAAUGACAUAGUCAACUAUCUUCAACACAGAAUUUUUGCAGAAAAAUACAACAGUACUUUGAAAAAAUCAAAUUUUCAAAGAAGAUACAAAAAUUUCGUGUAUGACCAAAAAACCGGCUAUCUUUUUUUUAACCAACCAUCGAAUGAUAAUUCUCUGCUUAUUAAAAAGAGAGUUGUCCUGAUCUAUGAUUUUGAGUUGAGAGAAACUCUAUUCGAGAAGUUCCAUGUUGGCUCCGCCCACUUUGAGUAUCAUAAAAUGUAUACAAUAUUUUAUGAACGACACAUCGGUAUUACCCAAGAUGAAGUCGAAAAUGGUCCGUUAGAACACCUUCAGGCAAUUCCUCUUAAAGACAAGGAAGGAAAUACAAUUCAUAGAGAAUUGGUGAACUUUUUUAAGAACUUUGGUCCUCCCACUAAACUACAAGCAGAUAACAGAUUUGAGUUUAUAACCAGCAUUUUAAAAAAAACCUGUAAUGCAUUUGAAAUAAAGCUUGUUCAUGGUCGUGCCAGACACCCUCAAAGUCAAGGAAAGAUCGAGAGAUUUAAUCAAACACUCGGCCGGCAUCUAACAAAAAUGAUGUGGGAUGAGGUUUCUGAAUCUCAGGGUUAUCGUUGGAUUAACGUUCUCCCGCAAUUUGUGAUUGCCUAUAAUAAGGUGCCCCAUGAAACCCACCAAAAAUCACUAUAUGAGGCAUUUUUUGGUUUCAAAAUGCAUGCCGUUUACAAUACGCUGAAUACACUGGAGGACAAUAUAUCAGAGACCAAUAUACCGAGGACCAUUCCACCGGAGUACAUUCCACUGGGGACUAUUCCACCAGGAAAACACUUACUUACGAUC